ACCAAUGACAUUUCGCCAACUGGUUGAUGUGUUAACAUUCAUGGAUCUCCACAAAAUAUGACGUGAGAAGCAAGGAGAGAGGCAAAUUCGUCACAUUUCUUGCCAGUAUUUGUGAGAGGAGCCUCAAAAUUUCACAAUGGAAAUCCUAAGUUUGUAUUCAUCUGUUGCUGUUGUGUUGGUGAUAGUAAGUUCAACUUGUGGGCUGAAGAAAGAAGACUGUGAAGUAUGUAUAACAGUAGUGGAGAAGUUUACCAACUCACUAACACCAGACGUCAAGUCGAGCACGAAAAAGAUAGAAGCCGAAUUUCGAAAAUUCUGCAAGACCUCAAAGAGCAAGGAAAACAGAUUUUGUUACUAUCUGGGAGGUCUGGAAGAAUCUGCGACGGGCAUUCUUGGAGAACUGUCAAAGCCAAUCUCGUGGUCCAUGCCUGCUGACAAAGUGUGCGAGAAACUGAAGAAGAUGGACUCUCAGAUUUGUGACUUGCGUUAUGACAAGACAAUAGACCUACGAACAGUAGACCUGAAGAAGCUGAAAGUGCGGGACCUGAGGAAGAUCCUGAGUGACUGGGAUGAAACAUGUGAGGGUUGCAUUGAGAAGCCGGACUUCAUCGCGAGGAUAGAGGAGCUUAAACCCCAAUACAUGUCACACCAGGAACUCUAACCUAGCCUUGUCAUUACAGACUGGUUAGUGCUUCCAGCAAGUGGCAAGGUGCUAAGUUUCAGUGCUGCGUACUGUAUUUACUUGUGGAACGAUUAAUUUCUUGUUGAGAGAAUUAAUAUGUAGAAUUGGCAUGUAAACUAAUAUGUCCGUCUCACUUAAAGGAAGUAUAAAAUUGAUUCCUGUUGCAAUGUUAAGAUAGAGAAUGCCAUAAUCGUCAAAGCACACGGAUCUCAACCAAGUUUAUAUGCUUCUUAGCAAUUUUGAGAUAACCUGAAAUUCAUCCUUUCAUUUACCCUAACUGAUUUGAUGCUGCACAAAUUCGUUACUUUACGCACAUUACUCGAAGAACCCAAAAGAUUUGAUUGGAUACAAGUAACAGCAAAUUUACAAAAACCAUAAUUUUUAUGAAAUAGAUAUGUGAAGAGGAUGAUUGUUUUGCUGGGGUGUAUGGACAUUUAAAUUUGUAAAAUUAAAGGCAGCUUUGUUCUUCAAACUUUUAACCUUUAACCUGUUUAUACCACAAAGCUUGUACCAUCACCAUGAAAGAAGAAUUAUGCGUUUCAAAUUAUUGCCACUGGAGGAAUCCAGUAGGUUCACUGCUGUCUUUGAUGCAAUAUUCUGUUUGACAACCUUGAUUAGUAAACGUACCUUAAAAGUCUGAUUUUGAACUUGGAAGGACUCCUAAGGAGCUGACAUAAACACCUGUUCAACGGAGGAUGGGAUUGCUUUGUGUAUAUGGAGAUUGUAACUGGCAGUUUUCUUCAAAAUUCGAACGAAAGACAAAAAUAUAUAUUUUUAUAUUCUGGUCA